AUGUCUCUAUUCGAUAGUUCCAGUCAAGAUAAAUUUGUUCGUCUUCGUCCACUUGCAUAUCCUGAUACAAAUUUAGUAUUAAUAUGUUUUAGUAUUGACUGUCCGACAUCAAGUAUAAAUGUUAUUCAACAAUGGAAUCCAGAAAUACGUUAUUAUUGUGAUUCAUGCCCUGUCAUAUUAGUAGCUUAUGCACAAAAACUAGCUGUAGAAAUAAAAGCCGAUGCUUACAUGGAAUGCUCAGCAAAAACUCGUGAAGGUAUACGUGAUUUAUUAAUCCAUGCUGCUCGUUUAUCCCUUGCUGAUCAAUUUUGUCUUGAAUUAAGACGAAAAUGUUUUUUAUUUUGA